AUGACCGACUUCCAUCCCGUCAAUGGCUGGGACCAGCAACAAGGCACCUUCUCCCCAAUUGACCCUGCCUUCCCAUGGGACUUCAACGGCAUCCAGUCGCCAAAGACUAUGGUCAGCCAUUACAAUGAUCUCCUACAACGCGCCGCCAACUUCUACGCCACGCUAGACCACUCCUAUGACAAUAUGUCAUCAUCAGGCUCCGACAGCUCCUACAGAACGACACCCGAGCGUCGGGUGUCGUCUGGCAGCGUCAUUACCCAGGUGAAGAACUCAAUCCCCGACAAGAUCGAGAGGAGGCGGGAACAGAAUCGUUCGUCACAGCGUGCUUACCGAGAGCGCAAGGAGCGACACCAAAAGGAGCUCGAAGAGCAGAUUCUACAGUGGCAACAGAAGCACCAGAAAUUGUCACAUUCAUACUCACAACAAACCGAGGAAGUAACUCGACUACAGGCGCAGAUCGAACAACUCAGCGGCGAGAUAUCGAAUCUCCAAACCAGCAUUCCUACAUUGUGCGGUUCUGUGUGCCAAUCUCCACAAGAAUUCGACCUGGUCCCCUUCUUCAACACGGACGCAAUGAGCCCUCAGUCCAGCCUGCGAUUACCGAACGCCUACCCCACAGCAAGAACGAAUUGA